GGGGGAGCCCGGGCGCGGCGUCCGGCAGCGGAGUGGAACCAGAACCCGGAUGGGCGGACCCCAGCCCCGCGCCCCGGAGCGCUCGCCGCCUGGUGCACGGCGCCCCCCAGUGGGACGCCAAGGUCUAGCCACGCCGCGCGCUCCCAGGCCCGCCGCUCUCCCGACAAAGUGCGCGAGUUCCAGGGAUCCAGCCCACCGCGCCAGGGGCCGGGCCGGGCCGGGGCCGGUAGUCUCCUGCCCUCGGCGGCUUCCCGUUAGCAGCGGAGUCGGCGGGGAGCAGGUUCCCACGGUCCCUCCGCCAGCUUGCGGGCGCGCGGGCGCGCGGGCGGGGCUUCCGGAGGCGGGGUCCUCGGUGCGGGACGAGCCCGGGCCGCCGGCUGUUCUCUGUCGCUGCGGUCACCGGAGCCCACACUCGGUCCCGAGAUGACGGCGUGCAAGCGGGUGGCGAAGGAGCUGGAGGAUCUUCAGAAGGACCUUCCCCACUACCUGCGGAACCUGUCCAGCGAUGAUGCGGAUGUCCUGGUGUGGCACGUCGUCCUUCUGCCCGAGAGGCCGCCCUACAACCUCAGGGCCUUCAACGUGCGCAUCAACUUCCCCGAGGAAUAUCCAAUGAGACCCCCCACGGUGACGUUCACAACCAGGAUCUACCACCCCAACGUGGGCAUCGAUGGCCAGGUGUGCCUACCCAUCAUCAGCGAUAACAACUGGAAGCUUUAUACCAAGGCCUACCAAGUCUUGGAGGCCCUCAACGUGCUGGUGAAUAAACCGGACCUGAGGGAGCCCCUGCGCCUGGAGCUUGCUGACCUGCUAACACAGAACUCGGAGCAGUUCUACAGGAGCGCAGAAGAGUUCACCCUCCAGUUUGGAGAACCCCGGCCCUCCUAGCUCCGGUUCUGGCCCUCUGCACCGGGUCCUGUCCGUGUGAUGGACGGACACACCGCAUGGACUGGGGCCAGAGCCUCUUGGUGGCCCGUGUCCUGCUCAGUUUUUCUGUGUUUUUCCUUUCUUAGGUUGUUAGUUGUUAGUUGUGUGUGUGGUAUGUGUGGACCCAGUUCCAGGUUCACCUGGCCACAGGUGUGCUUUCCACUCCCUUUCUGUGCCCCAGAGCCAAGCGGUUUAGGUUUGCAGAGUCACAGGCCAGCUCCUACGAUGGCUCCGUCUUAGAGAUCACCUUCCAGGCCAGCUCGCGGGGAAAUGAGCCCAGCAGCCAACCAGAAAACCCCUGGGACCCAGGCGCCUGGGGGAGUGGGGGCGGGAGGCGGGCACUUGGAAGGGAGUCCCUUGCAAUUGGGUGAUUUGUUGAUUACAUUAUCAGCCAGGCUGUGUAGAUUUAAGUGCUAAACCUUUUCUUUCCCACUGAUGAAUCACUAAGUGAAGAAUCUCAUCUCUGUCCCAGAAAUCCGACUACACAGUUUCCAAACCACUUGCAAUCCCAUUAGGUUGGGGGCCAGGCUUCAGGCUGGGAGGAGUGGCCCCUUCAGCUUCCAGUCAAGGGGGAGUCACGGGAAGCAUGUGUUUUUCCAGCCAUUAAAGUCUCAGAUGACUUGUGGA